GUAGCACCACCACACCCGUAGUCUCAGAGUGGUGGCUUACCUAUUUAUUACAUUUUAUAUCUAUUUGGUUCUGUCAACAGAGGAUAAUUCUGUGACCUCAGGAAGUGAUGGCUUGAAAUUCUGCCUGCAAAACGCAGGACUGCAGGGUGUAACCGAGUGGCCCAGAGGCAGGGCGCUAUCUGCAGGCGUGGUCAGGGAGGGGACGCGGAAUGAGACCUGCUCCUCCCCCUCCCGGGUCUGGGGAGUCUCCAGUGAUAACUUUAUAGGAAGUAACCGAAAGGGGACGGGGUGUGACCUAUAGCUUUGUCUCGGAGGGGAACAAUAAAGUUUGAGAAGUUUGAAAAAGGGAGAGAAAGUGAACGCCCCUUUGGCCGAGGGGUGUGGCCGGAGCUCGGCAAGGCGCCUGGAGGCGAGUGUGAGACAUGGGGGUCACCGUAGACGUCCACCAAGUGUUCCAGUAUCCCUUCGAGCAGGUGGUCGCUUGCUUCCUCCGAAAGUAUCCCAACCCCAUGGAUAAAAAUGUCAUCUCGGUAAAAGUUGUAGAAGAAAAGAAAGAUGAAUCAACAGGACUCAUCUAUAGAAAGAGGAUUGCUAUCUGUAAGAAUGUGGUUCCAGAAAUUUUAAGAAAGGUGACUAUUUUAAAGGUACCUGAUAUCCAACUAGAAGAAGAAUCAUGGCUCAGUCUUCAGGGAAGGAACAUGGCUAUUCGGAGUCACUGCCUCACUUGGACACAGUAUGCAUCCAUGAAGGAAGAGUCUGUCUUCCGGGAAAGUGUGGAAAAUCCAAAUUGGACAGAGUUCAUUCAAACAGGCAGAAUUUCAAUCACAGGGGCUGGAUUUCUCAACUGUAUUCUGGAACGUUUUGCUAGUACAUUCUUAAGACAAGGAGCUCAGAAGGGAAUUAGAAUAAUGGAGAUGCUGCUAAAGGAGCAGUGUGGCUCCCCCUUAGUGGAAUAAAGAAUCAUCAGUAAG